AUGGGUUGUGUUUCAUCUAAGAAGAAAUUAUCCAAAUCGGAUUUAGAAUUUCUUGAAGAGAAUACGGAAUUUACCAAAGAUCAAAUUAUCGAAUGGUACGAAGGUUUCAUUCUUGAUUGUCCCAAUGGUGAAUUAACAAAGAAAAAGUUCAUUCAAGUCUAUCGACAAUUCUUUCCAAAUGGUCAGGCGGAAGCGUUUUGUACACACAUCUUUCGUACGUUUGACGCCGACAAUUCGGGCAAGAUCGACUUCAAAGAAUUUCUCAUGGCAAUUAAUAUAACAGCUAAAGGUAAUCCCGAGAAGAAAUUGAAAUGGGCUUUCAAAAUGUAUGAUAUCGACUCGAAUGGAAGUAUCGAUCGACAGGAAAUGCUGAAAAUUAUCGAAUCCAUCUAUGAUUUACUCGGUGCUGCUUCGACUCAAAAGGCAACGAAUGGGGCCGUAGAAAGCCGCGAUGCAAACGAUACACCGGAAAGUCGAACAGCACAAAUAUUUGCUGUUAUGGAUGAAGAUAAAAACGGAGUUAUUACCGAAGAAGAAUUCAUUCGAGGUUGUAUGGCCGAUCGAGUCUUAUAUCAAAUGUUAACAGCCGAUACAAGCGAUCCUGAACGAUAA